UGCUCCUGUACGUAAGUUUCAGUCUAAGGAGCUGUUGAUGUUUUAGGCUUCGCUGGAUCAGAGCAGCGGUCUGCAACCCGUCCUAAAGCCCGAUGUGAGCUCCGUCCGCCGGUCAGUGUCCUGCAGCCUGUACUCGAUCCUGUAGAUUGUCCUGUAAUGGGCAGUUUCUGUGUUGCGAGCGGCCGCGGUUUUCUCCGCCAGUUCCCGGUCCUGUCCAGCAUGCAGAGCCGCAGCUACAGCCUGCAGCUUUCCGGAGAUCUGCUCCGGACUCAGGGCUUCAUCAGCGGCCGCUGGGUGUCCGCUCCCUCCACCUUCCCGGUGCUGGAUCCCGCCACGGGGGCGGAGCUGGCCCGGGUCUCUGACUGCGGGCCGCGGGAGGCUCAGGACGCCGUCAGAGCCGCUCACUCAGCCUUCCAGUCCUGGAGGAGUCAGACUGCGAAGGAAAGGAGCGUUCUUCUCAGAAAGUGGUACGAUUUGGUCAAUCAGCACAAGGAGGAUCUGGCUAAGCUCAUCACGGCGGAAUGUGGGAAGCCAAUGAAGGAGUCUGUAGGUGAAAUUGCAUACUCAGCAUCCUUUCUGGAGUGGUUCUCUGAGGAAGCCCGUCGCAUCUAUGGGGACAUCGUUCCUGCACCAGCCAAGGACCGCAAGAUGCUCCUGCUCAAACAGCCAGUGGGCGUGGCCUCUGUAAUCACGCCGUGGAACUUUCCCAGUGCCAUGAUCACCAGGAAGGUGGGUGCGGCUCUGGCAGCAGGCUGCACUGUAGUGGUGAAGCCGGCUGAGGACACUCCUCUUUCUGCUCUCGCUCUUGCUGAGUUGGCAGUGCAGGCAGGAAUUCCUCCUGGAGUUUUUAACGUGGUGCCGUGCUCCAGGGAGAAAACCCCUGCUGUGGGUGAGGUCCUCUGCACUGACCCUCUGGUGGCCAAAGUUUCAUUCACUGGCUCUACUGCCACUGGCAAGCUGCUACUGAAACACGCUGCAGGAACAGUGAAGAAGGUCUCGAUGGAGCUGGGAGGACACGCCCCCUUCAUUGUGUUUGACAGCGCAGAUGUGGACAAGGCUGUAGCUGGAGCAAUGGGGUCCAAAUUCAGAAACUCAGGCCAAACCUGUGUCUGCUCCAACCGCUUCCUGGUGCAGAGUGGAAUCCACGAUGCAUUUUUAGAGAAGCUUGGAAAGACCAUGGAUGCUGAGCUGCGAACUGGGCAUGGCUUUGAACCCACCACCACACAGGGACCCCUCAUUAAUGUCCGUGCUGCAGAGAAGGUGGAGCGCCAGAUUGCAGAUGCUGUGUCUCAGGGAGCUAUGGUGCUGAAGGGAGGAAAGAGGCUGGAAGGAUCCUUCAUGCAGCCCACCCUGCUGUCCAACGUCAGCACCAACAUGCAGUGUAUGCAGGAGGAGACGUUUGGACCCCUGAUACCAGUUGUCAAGUUCAACACAGAGGAAGAGGCACUUGCCAUUGCUAAUGCAUCACCGGUUGGAUUAGCAGGCUACUUCUUCUCUCAGGACCUCAGUCAGAUCUGGCGCGUGGCGGAGCAGUUAGAGGUGGGGAUGGUGGGCGUCAAUGAAGGUCUUAUCUCUGCUGCAGAGGCUGCGUUCGGUGGCAUCAAGCAGUCAGGGCUGGGCAGAGAGGGGUCCAAAUAUGGCAUUGAUGAGUAUCUGGAGGUGAAAUAUGUGUGUAUUGGAGGGCUUUCUCUCUAACAACAGAACACCCCCAUGAUGUGCUGUGGAACCGUGGAGAGAAGAUGAGGAUGAUGAAGAGAAGCACAUGAAUUCACACAACAUUGUGAAUCAGACUGUUAAUUUAAUGCAGACUAAACUAUAGGAUUACAAAGGCGGAUUUUUUUUGUUUAAUAUACAUAAAAAAAAAUGACAGUUUUAAUUGUAAAAUAAAUUAUACUAAUCUUUAUCCAGGUUAGGGCUGGGCGAUAUGACAAAAAAAAACUCAUACCUCAGUAUACAAAAGAGAAACGGAGAGGUAUGAGAUAAUGUUCCUGAACAAGGGAAAAAAAAAUUAGUAUUACUGACUAAUACAAAAGUAUUAGUAUCCAACUGUGCAUAUACAGUACCACUCAAAUGUUUGAACACCUCUUGUCACUCAGUGUGUGCUCUCACUUUUAUUUAUAUAUGUUUUUUAUUUACAUCGUAAAUUUAAUACUCAAGACAUUAAAGCUAUACAGGAACAAAAAGUAUUAAACCAGAAUAUGUUUUAUAAUUUCGAUUUUUCUAAGUAGCACAUUUAACUUUGAGGAUAGAUCUGCACACUCUUGGUAUUUUAAUCUCAGUGUCUUAUUGAGGAAGAGUAACCUGGAAUAAUUUUCUCAGCAUCUUGAAGGAGUUCCUGGAGGUGCUACUUUUCCUUCACGGGUUUAGAUCAGAGGAUUGUGGAGAUCCUCUUCCAUAUGUGUCCUUUAAUAGUUUUGAUGUUUUUAAUAUUAAAAGAGGGAGAAGGUGUAUGCAAACUUUUAACUAGUACUGAUCAUAAGACAGUUGCACUCUUCAUGAUGUUUAACUGGCUGAGAACACUGAACAGGAUUAUGUUGUUUAAGAUGAUUAAAUAAAUCCAUCAUGCUGCUUUGUUAAUUACGAUGUUGCUACUUCAAUUUGUACAAGACUAUUUUAUCCUUCUGUUAUAUACCUCCAUAAAAAUAAGAAAAAUGAAGAGACCACGUUAUUGCUAAAUCAGUUGUUUGAUUGUGCAAUUUAUAAGUGUAUAUAUAUAUUUUUUGUAAAAUAAACAGUGUUGUUUUAUUCUAUAAACAACAGACAUUUCUCCCACAUUCCAAAAAAAAUAGUCAUUUACAGCAUUUAUUUGCAGAAAAUGAGAAAUGGCUGAAAUAACAAAAAAGAUGCAGAGCUUUAAGACGUCAAAUAAUGCAAAGAAAACAAGUUCAUAUUCAUAAAGUUUGAAGAGUUCAGAAAUCAAUAUUUUUUAUUUGGUGGAAUUACUCUGGUUUCUAAUCAGUUUUCCUGCAUCUUGGCAUGUUCUCCUCCACCAGUCUUACACACUGCUUUUGGAUAACUUUAUGCCACUCCUGGUGCAAAAAUUGGUUUGAUGACCUUUGAUCAUCCAUCUUCCUUCCAGAGGUUUUCAACUUGGUAAAAUCAAAGAAACUCAUAAUUUUUUGAUCCCUUUUUUUCCAGAGCUGUAUACAAUAUAUAAUAUAUAUUAUGAUAUAUUCAUUUUUUUAUUGAUUGAAUAAAAUAAUUCCAGAUAUAUCAAAAUUAACAAUAUAUCGCCCAGCCCUAAUGUAGAUAUAAUUAUAAAGAGUUUAAUUACUUAAACUGAUAAUGUGCAUUACACAUGAGUCAUUUGUGGAGUCACCUAUAAAAGACUGGAAAUGAUGGAGGAGUGUGUAAGAUCAGGACUUACUAAUGCAACAGUGCUGACAUAAUCAAAAAGACACAUCAAUGGCAGUUCUCACGUUUGUGUACAAGCAAUACCAGUGUUCCUCACCCAGUUAUAAAAUGCUGGUUUUGAAGCUGAACCUGUGACCUUUAAACGUCCAUUGUAAUAACUCUAAUAAAAAAAAAUAUUCUGGGCCAGAAAUGCACAAUACAUGUUCUUAUAAAGGUUCUUUAUAAAUCCACUGUGAAUCCCUUUAGCUGUAUGAAUGGAGUGAAUGGAGAAUCUGUGGAUAUCUUACAACAUAUUGUAGUUGUUAACAAUUAUUUUUGUAAAAUGUUUACUACCGUAGCAAAAAAAGGAAAAAUGUGUUCUAAUGAACGUUAUUGUGCUGCUGGAAAAAAAAAAAGAUUUUCUUCAUAGUUUGUUGUUGCCAAAUGUUGCUCUGUAAGUGCAAAUGUUCCCCUUCUUCAUGUACAUUUCUAAUUCAAGUUCUUUGUUCCUAAUUUUUGUUUCUAAUUUUUACUUUAUUAAUAAAUCUCUACAUGUUAUUUACUGAGAGGUUAA